AUGGCUUCACACGAGACGCUCCGCGAUUCGGGGCAGUCUUCGGCCAAUGGACACAAUCGCAGUCCUAGUCCAGCUCACAAUCCACAGCCCUAUAAUGACCUCUCAUCGGGCUUGACCUUGGAUAUUUCGGUCGCGACGACCACUCAAUUCCCUGCCUUCACCAACGUCUCGCAGCCUGAUUCUUACGGCUACAACCCCGCCGCCUAUCUCUCCGCGCAAACGCUGGCUCCGGCCUCGCAGAACUAUUCUCAAACCCUGCAGUUACCUCAGUCCUUCAAUCCCAACUUAGUGCAUCAAUUAGAUCAGUCGAGGGGAUUUUCCAUGCACCAGCAACAGCAGCAACAGCUGCCCUCAGAAGAGAACUUCUCAACCUUACUGAAUUCCAACCCAGCCGACUUUGACUUUGCCCUCUAUCAAAACCCCAGCCCCAACAGCACGGCCGCCCCCGAAUACGACUCACCGCUGAUGCUUGAUCCUCACGGGCAGUCUCAACCCGCCAACCACGGAGUCAAUCCUGCCGACCUGAUCAGCCAGAUCCCCUCUACCCGUCGCUCGGCGUCACCGCAGUUGUCUCCGGUCUCGCCACAAGACUAUCACCAGCACUCUUCUCCCGGCCCGAUGUCACCUCCGACUUCCACCCCUGGAACCUACUAUACCCCGCAGCAUUCCCGGCAUACUUCCUUGGAUCCCGCUACCGCAGCCUACAUGUCCGGCAACUCGCAUCACGACUGGCAGGCAGUUAUGGGUAACUCCGCAUUCCAGGGCCAUCGCCGGGCUCCUUCGGAGGUGUCAGAGGUUUCUUCCGCCGCCCCCUCGCCAUAUAUGUCGCAGCAUGAAUCUUUCGAUAGUUUCGAUAACAACCCUUCUCCCCUCCUUGCGCCGCAGAAUGACCCCGGUCUGUACGAGAACGCGCUGGGGAUAGAAUCCUUCACACUCUCGGAGCAUCAGCAAGCGCAUUCGCAACCAGCAUUGAGUCCGGCACACAGCCCCUUUAUUUCACCGCAGUUGAUGCCACAGCAGGGAGCGGACAUGAUUCCUAACGUUCCAUACAUAUCCGCGCCCGCUCUGAAUUCGCAGUACCCGACUCCCCCGACUGACAUAUACACGGAGAGUCUGUCAGCCCAGGGGAGCACUAGCCCUGGAGACAUGGGGCAGGCGUCCCAAAUGGCGCCUCCUUCCAUCAAUGUUGAAUUCGCACCCCCGUCCCAGAAUUCAAACCCGCCUCAGUCGAAGCCAGCUGCAGAUUUGGACUCUUUGAGCCCACCAGUCGCCAUCCGAUCUCGUAUGCGCAGCAAAUCAGAUCCUUAUGCCCACCCAGCCUCGCGCGCACGCUCCUCUUCGACCUCGACAAGCCUGGAGCCGUUUAAUGGGUCAUCACCGCGGUCGCUGUCACCCUUCGAUCCGGUUGGGCGUCAACCUCAAAGCAACCCCAGUUCUCGAGAGCCGUCACCGUCGCGGUCUCGUCGCUUAUCGACGUCAUCCAUUGAUAGUCGGAAUUACAUUCUAGGACUCGCUGAUCCUCAGCGUCCCGGUGCGAAUCUCAAUGACUCGAAGCGAGUCCAGAAACACCCCGCAACAUUUCAAUGUCAUCUAUGUCCCAAACGCUUCACCAGAGCGUACAACCUUCGCUCCCACCUGCGAACCCACACGGAUGAGAGACCAUUUGUGUGCACAGUAUGUGGGAAGGCCUUUGCGCGACAGCAUGAUCGUAAGCGACACGAAGGUCUCCAUUCCGGGGAAAAGAAGUUUGUCUGUCGAGGCGAGCUGUCUCGGGGUGGUCAAUGGGGCUGCGGCCGUCGCUUCGCACGUGCCGAUGCUCUCGGUCGUCAUUUUCGUUCGGAGGCUGGCCGAAUUUGCAUUAAGCCCUUGUUGGAUGAGGAAUCUCAAGACCGAGAGCGCUCGGCUAUGGAUCAGCAGCAGCAGCAUCUUCAGCCGAUGCCUCCUCCGUUGAUGGUUCCAGGCAUGGACGGUCAACCCACCGGGGCUUUCGUUCUUCCCGCCGCUCUGCUGGCCCAAUACCCAGCCUUGCAGACGUUACAAUGGGAUCAGAUCCCUGCCACAGCGGAUGAUCCCAGCGACGUUGGGGGUCGCAGUAGUUUCGAUGCAAGCUCCGGCGGCGAAUUUGGGUUCGAAGAUGACGAGUCGGGACUGAGUACAGUGUCUGGCAUCGGCGGAGGCUAUGCGGGUGGCGCGGGCAUCUAUGACAUGAAUACCCAGGGACAUGUGCUUGGGUUCAACCCGGGUGAGACCAGUUACCAAGAGACCGACUGGAGGACAUGA